GGAGCGACACCCACAUCCACCUCACAUGGCGGCGGCGGUGGCGGCGAAGGCGGCGGAGGAGAUGGUGGCGGUGCUCGACGAGGAGACGCUGGCGCUGAUGGGGGUCAGCAACGCCGCCGCCGCGGCGCCGGUGGCAGUGGGCACCGAGUGCGAGACGUUCAAGGAGAACGUGCGGCCGCUCAAGCGCGGGCGCGACGUGUCCAAGCUCAACCGCGCGCUCAAGGCGCAGGUCGACCCCGCCCAGCGCGCCGCCCUCCUCGAAGCCCGCAGGAGGAUGAUUGAGGCAAUCUACGAGUACCAGGGCGAGGAUCCGCUCCAACCGUGGCUGGACUGCAUCAAGUGGGUUCAGGAGUCGUUCCCUACCGGCGGCGAGUGCUCGGGGCUGGUGGUGUUGUACGAGCAGUGUGUGCGGACCUUCUGGCACGACGAGCGCUACAAGAACGACCUCCGCUUCCUCAAAGUGUGGCUGGAAUACGCUGGGAAUUGCGCUGAUGCUGAGGUGAUAUACAGGUUUCUGGAGGCGAACCAGAUUGGGCAGAGCCAUGCCAUUUACUACAUGUCCUACGCGUCGUUGUUGGAGUCAAAGAACAAGCUGAGGAAAGCUAAUGAGAUCUUUGACCUUGGUAUAACUAGAAAAGCAAAGCCUCUGGAGAAGUUGGAAGCUGUAUACAGGACAUUUCUUCGAAGAUCUACCAAAACGAGCGAACACUCUGAGCAAGAUGAUACAACAAAUGAUCUGCCAAUCCGUAGCUUUGGGACUAACUUGAAACGUGAUGAAAACAGAAAUCAGCAAGCAGAUAACUCCCACCUUGGGAGGCCAAGGGCUCUGCAAAGAAUCGACAUUAACAAACCACUUUCAGUAUACAAAGAUGAGAACUCGUUACCAAAUCAGGGCAUUGACAAAACAAGGAGAAAAGAAAAUACGAGCUGGCGCACCCUUGGAACACAAGCAGAUAGGAACAAAGAAAAUAACAUGAUGCCCACUAAAUGGACGUGUCACAAGGUUCCACAAAAGUUAGGAGCGAGAGGAGCAGUUCAGCCAACCCGGGCCACUUCCAUUGAGGUUUUCGUGGAUGAAGAAUGUGCACAGGAACCAGCUCGGAAGGUACCAAAGAGCCCAAAUCCUUCUGUUUUGAAGCUCAGGCAAGCAACAAGCAAAAGCUUUAAGAAGGAAACUGAAUUGCUUAAAGAGAAUCCACUGCGCAACUUCCCCCUGAGUAGCCUUAGAUAAUCAGCAUUUGGCUGAUUUUAUGAAAUAUUUCAAUUGUAUUAACCUGUUCGAUUUGGUUGUUGUGAGGUUAUGUCUGUAUCCCCAAAUAAGCUUUAGCCUCUAAAGCUUAUCAGACAAGCAAUGAGCCCGUUGGCUUAUUAAGUGUUGUAAUCUUCUACAAUAAGUUGAAAGACCUGCAGAUCUUGAGUGUUCAUACGAA